AUGGCGGCUACGGGAAACAACGACAAACCCUUCGGGAUUUCUCAAAUCAGGGCCUACAUCCCCCUUAUCCUUGAUCUCAACAAACUCAACUAUGACACCUGGAGGGAGCUCUUUGAGACUCACUGUCUCACCUUUGGAGUUUCGGGUCACCUCGAUGGCACUGCAUCUCUCACUCCGGACACCGAAAAGCAGUGGAAAGAACGAGAUGGACUCGUUAAGAUGUGGAUAUACGGAACGAUUUCCGAAUCCAUUCUCGACACAGUGUUGAAGACAAAGUGCACGGCUAAGGAACUAUGGGAGUCUCUCGAAAAUCUAUUCCGAGACAACAAAGAAGCUUGUUCGCUGGAGCUUGAUCAUGAACUCCGUACUCUUACCAUGGGCGACCUUUAUCUCGCCGAAUACUGCCGCAAGUUGAAGAAAACAUCGGAUCUUCUUGCCAACGUUGACGCUAGGCCUGGGCAUUCGGAUAUUCGGUUCGGUUUCGGUUCGGAACCAAUCGGUUCCGGAUAUUUCGGGUAG